CCGCGGCCCUCCUCAGAAGGGUUAACCCCCUCACGGCCGCCAUCGCUGCGACAGUCCACACCGGAGCCCGGCCGCGCUCGCCCGCGCUGCCUCUCCGCUCUCGCCCUUCCUCAGCCGCGGUGCCAGCGAGCCCGCUGUCCUCCGGGGCACCACCCGCAUCGUUGUUUCCGGAGCGCUGAUUGGGCAGCCGCGGAGAUUCCUCCUGAGCAAUUGGUUGUCAGCGCGAUCAAUUAGGGUGCCGGGGGCGGGCGCACCCGGGAGCGGCGCUCUGUGCGGGGCUGGGUGAGGGCCGUUGAGCUGUGGUCCCUGCCAGGCCGCCCCGCGCAGCCCCGGCGCAGGAGCGCGCUGGGCGCUGUAGUUCGCCGCCGCGCUGGCAGCGGCCCGACCCGCCGGGGCUGUGACGAGCCGUUUCCCGCCGAGGUUCUGAGGGGUGGCGGGCAGUGGCCCAUGACGGGGACUGAGGUUGGGCCGCUCCCCGCUGCAGCGCCUGCUCUGGUACUGGUGGGAGCUGCGUCCUCGCUGCGGUACCGGCCUCCUCAGCCUCCUCCGGUACCUCAGUAGCCCGGGCUCGGUUAUCCCCUGGCCUCAUCGGCGAAGCUGCCCACACAUGGAGGGGGCUGCCCGGGGCCUGCCUGGGCCCAGGCCACUGCCCUGCCGCCGCGCUGGCGAGAGGGUUGAGGGAAGAGGGGCUGUGGCGGAGAUGCCCGUGCGGGGUGUGCCCUGACAUCGAUCUCAGACCGCCGGUCCCCCGGGGGCAAGCGCUGCCCUAAGGACACAGCAGGGCUGCCACCCGCGGGCUCCAGGCUGUGCACUAGGGAGGGGCUGGUGUGUCCCGCGCCAGUACGCCCUUCGGAGGAAAGGCUUCAGCUCUCACAGGUGACUCUUCACUGCAGGCAGGACUCUCCAGCCGUGUGAGACAAUGGAGCGGGUACUCCAUCGCACAUGUGCCAUCGCACAACAGCCGACAGGACGGGCGUGUAGGCCACGGUGUCAACCCAGAGGCUGGAUCCAUCUGGCAGAGCGGCAGCUAGGAGAGAGCUGUUCUGUGGGAAGGGGAAAGAACAGAUUUGCUGUGCUCGCAGCAGCUUGUACGAAGAAAAUCUGUUUCCACUUCAGUGGAGGAGGUUUUUAAAGAAAAGAUCUAAUCUUUUCUAAUUCACUGCUCCAGAAAUACACCAAGAGGUUCUUCAAGGCUUUCUGUUCUACUAUUUUGGGUUCAAAGAUGAUGAUCAUUUCUAGACACAGUGUCAAUAAGCACGAUGUCACCGCUGAAGGGACAGAGGGAUCUUGGAUCUUUUUCAGAGGAGCAAUAAGAGCACUGUGUCCAGGUGGUGGGUUUUGUCUAUUUGACAGCUUCAGAAACUUUUUUUCCAUUUGCAAUGAUUCACCGUGAGUCAGGAGUGGAUGACUCAGAGGUUAUGGACAGUACAGCUCCUAUGGAUUGAAAUCAGAGCUGGCUUGACAGGACAGAAGAACUACACAGACAUCAGGAAAUCAAUACUUCAGUCUUCCUCAGGAUGCCCGAUCCAGGUAUUUUCUCCACUGUACUCAGCAAGUUGCCAGUUUCGAGAUCCUGUUCAGUCCUCUGAAGCAGAUUUCUACUGCAUGCCUUGGAUAGAUGCUUCUAAUCAGCUUACAAGCUUUCCUUGACCUACGCUUCCUUUCCUAACGGACCUACGCUUCCUUUCCUUCCUUUCCGACUAUGGCUGUCCUCAAAGUAAAAUUCACCAAAACUAAGAGGGACAAAUUGGCUCAGAUCUUAUGGAUCCUCAACUGGGUUUCUGUAGUGAGUGGGAUCAUUCUCUUCAGUCUUGGCCUCUUUCUGAAAAUAGAGAUCAAGAAGCGCAAUGAAGUGAUGGCAAAAGGAGACAUUAACUCUGUCCCCAACAUGCUGAUCUCUGUAGGGGUCAUAGCAUGUAUCAUCAACUUUCUGGGUGGCAAAAUCUGCUAUGACUGCUCAGAUACCAACAAGUUCUCUAGAUGGAAACUAGUUAUGCUCCCAUACAUCGUGUGCACCUUCUGUUUUACCUUCUGCAUCCUGGUGGGUGCUCUCAUGUGCUAUACCAUGAGGAAUGAGCUGGAAGAGUCUCUCUAUCUGGGACUGAGGGAUGCUAUUAAGUUCUAUAAGGACACAGACAUACCUGGACGAUGUUUCUUAAAGAAAACAGUGGACAUGUUACAAAUCGGAUUCCAAUGCUGUGGAAACAAUGGCUUUAGAGACUGGUUUGAAAUUCAGUGGGUAUCUCAUCGUUACCUGAAUAUGGCUUCCAAGGAAGUUCUGGACCGCCUGAAGAGCAACGUCGAUGGGAAGUUCUUGGUGGAUGGAGUACCCUUCAGCUGCUGCAACCCAAGCUCCCCACGGCCCUGUAUCCAGUACCAGCUGACAAACAACAGCGCUCACUACAACUAUGAUUUUCUGACUGAGGAGCUCAAUAUCUGGGUGGGGGGGUGCAGAGAGGCCCUGCUGGAGUACUACACGGUCAUUAUGAGAUCCAUUGGUGUUACAGCAUUGCUUAUUUGGUUGUUUGAGCUCUCUGUACUCAUUGGUGUCCGGUACCUACAAACAGCAAUGAAGAACGUCCUCCUGCUGGGAGAUCUGGAGGGAGAGUCAGAUGGUUGGUUACUAGAAAACAGCUUUGUGGAAACUGCCAAAUACAACAUCAGUAUCAUCAAGAACCUCGGCAAAGCCAACCAGAUCUCUACUGUCUCAGGCAUGAACGACCCCAACAUUGAUGUUCAAAACACAAACUGUGGCAAAACCAAUGUUACCACAAAAUCUAUCCCAGCAGCUAGCUAGGCAAGUCUUCAAAAAACCAACAUCACAAGUAGCUUUGACAUAUGACAGUUACCAGAUUUUUCACUGAUCAGGAUGCCCUGUGACUGUAAUUCAUCAUGCAUGGUACACAGGAAAAACAUACUGAUACAGAAUAGAGGAUGAGACACCGAUAUUUUACUUGUUACUGUUGUGAAUAAUACGUUGUCUGAAUAUCAUUUUGGACAGCCUGUGUAUAAUCAAGUAAAAAGAAGUUGUAUCACUGGGAUAUUCAAAGCAGAACUACUCUUGCUUUUGAAAUGGUGCAAAAAUGACAGUAAAAAUUCCUUUACUUGUCUGAACAAUGUUUUCUAUAACACUAGAAUAAGCAAGAAUUAUAACGUUAGAAUAAAUAUAAAUAAUGUAAAUAAAAACGUGUGAUGUAAAAACCUGUACUGUAAUUCAAGCAGGCUGUAUGAUCAGGAUGUCAAGUGCAGUUGCUUCACUGCUUAGAAGUUUAGGCCUAUACUGAAGUAUGUUAAAAAUGGGCAGAUGGUUCUGUCUGCGAUAUUAGUCUGUAGAGGAUGUUUUGCAAAAGGCAUGUAAGAGGCAAGACCAUUAGAAAAUAGCUCUUUCCAUGACAAAGCCUCCUAACUUCCAGGAAACAGAGAAGUUUGGGGCUUGGUGUGACAAAGACAGUAUUUGUGUCACUGUUUCAAUAAAUCUCACUGGACACUUUCCUACAAA